AUGAGCACUCGUCGGUCGACUCGCGCCAGACGUGCGACAUACAAAGCCGUCGAUUACGGCCUUGACGACGUCGAUGGUGAGCUGGAAGUGAACGAUAUUACAACUCCCUCCAAAUCCACCAGACGGCAAAGGAAGCCUUCGGUAGAUGAGGAUGGAGACUUUGGGAACGGGUUGGUACAGGAUGAUGUCGGCCAGGACCCGAUAAGCGACUUGUCGGCUGCAGAAGAUGAGGCCCAGGCCGAUGAAAGUGAUGUAGGUUAUGCUUCACACGCCAGUUCAACGAGGAGACCAAAGGUCACGGCAAAGACCCCUAGACGUCGCAAGAGUGCGCCGAUACAGUCAAAGCCUAGCUCGAGGCGGUCAUCGGUCCCAGCCUCCAGAGCGUCCGGGGAAUCAGGAGCGGCGGAUGCGCCAACAGAGGAUCUCACGGACAUAGGACCGGAAAAGUCCGGAGAUGCAGUCUCCAAGGUGAGGUGGCGAUUACCAAAGAAGAAAAAGUCACAAGCGGCAUAUCGAGCAUCACUCAAAGUGGUCUCGAAACGAAAAGGACCGCCCGAGACCGACGGGGAGCUGUGGCGCUAUGUGGCCGACAACCUCAACAAAAGCUUGAGGGUCUAUCUAGGUCCAUUGCAGCGUCACGAUCGAUUCGGCCUGCUUUUGGAGACGGUGUAUGGUCCAGAUGUGGCUGCAGUCGCACUUGCAGACAACUUGCGACUGCACUAUGUCAAUCACGUCCUCCCCGACCGCGGGUUGAAAAGACGCUGUUGUGUCAUGCCAAGCCCCUGGGUUCCUGACGGUUUCGAGGCAGAGCAGAGGAAAAAGUUUCAUGCAUGGUACCGACAGAUCACCCAGGGUGGCACUGCCUCACAGAGGCUCGGCACUAUACCGGCCAGACGUAGGAAGAAGCUUCUACCUGAAUCGACCAAAGGAGACUUGAUUACAUUCAUUGGGCCUCAUGAUAGCCAGAAGCCUGUGGUAGUUCCCCAAGGGAGUGCGAUAACCCUCUCUGAAAAGGACGAAUCUGUAACGGAGGAAGGACAACAAGCUACUGGCUGGCUAUUCGAUGUAGGAGGUGUACCUUUGGCUAUAGGCUGGGCGCCCCGCGCGGAUCCCGAUGCGGCGCAAAUCCUCGCCAUUGCAGUUUCACCAGACUCGGAUUAUGCAUUCUACCGGACCGAGAAGGCAGUCCCUAAGGAGGACAAGACUGCCGGCAGUGUGCAGUUCUGGAGGUUUGAGUCAGAACUGGAUGGCGAUUCUGUGCGCAGACCUUGCCGCAAACCGCCGCAGAGAGUUUCGGCCAUCUGCUUCGACUGGGGUAGAGUGAAGAGACUGCAAUGGUGCCCAGUGGCCCCAGUGACCAAGCCAGGAUCCCUCUGUGGCGUGAUUGCAGUCUUGUGUGAGGGUCAAGUGCACAUUGUCGAGGUCAAAGAGCCUGAGGCAAGCGGCGAGACACAGUUCGACUGGAUUCAAACACCUCUUGCCACAAUCAGCCUUAAAGAGGAAGAAACUGGGAUACUGGCAACUUGUUUCACAUGGGUCAAUGUGAACCGUAUAGCUGUCGGAUUCAAGGAUGGAACCAUUGGCAUAUGGUCCAUACAGCCCCUUGUUCUCAUAUCAAGACAAGUUGUUCACCACGCGGAAAUGCUCGACAUAUGUUCGGGUUACCCUUCGCAUCCUUACCUGAUAUCAUCCGUGCCGUUGGGAGGAUGUCCAGCCAUUACCGACUUCACAGAUCCCUCCCAGGAGACGGCGGCCCACACUACUCCAAGUGCCGUUUUCCAACCCAACAUGCUAGAUUGGUGCGAACACAUGCAAGGAUUUCUUUCAACCUAUGCCAACUCCACCCCGGGCUCUACAACUGUCGCUUUCCUGGCAAUGAGGUAUCCCUCGCAGCUACGGACCGUCUUCCAAGGCUUCAGCCAGCCUAUGUGUCUGUCAGCCGGCAAGACGCACUGUUAUACGCUGAUUGGAUGUGCCGACGGCUCGCUCUGGUCAUUUAACACCAUGCGCAAGGUCUUCUACCUGCGAGGUGAGAAGCUGUACAAGAUCAAACUCUUUCAACACGAGUACAGAAAGGCCAACGAGUCCCAGACUUCUGAUGGAGAUGCCAAUGGAGAAGACACGACGAUGCAGGACGCACAUCAGGAGGAGAACGCAGAUGCUAAACCGCAGAUCCGGGGAGCAGUUCGCAUCCUGCAUGGGUUCAAGCCCGAAAUCAACGACAACCCAAGAAAUGAUCACUCCAGGGCAGUCAUGAAGAAGGCUCGGGAGAAGGCAAAGGCGAAGGCGAAGCGGACGGCAGCACGCAAAGGCGAAUCGGCCGCAACCAAUGGUUGUGAGCUGGUGGAGCGGACAGAAAGGGACGACUACCCGGAGGAGCACAAUCCACUCAAAGGGAUCAUGCUACAUGAGCCUGAGACUCGAGUGGUGGUUUGUGCUUGGAAUCCUAAUGUUGACUUGGGUUGGUGGGCAGCUGCUGCGAUGGGUUCUGGCCUUGUAAGGGUGAUGGAUUUGGGCCUCGAUUGA